CAGCAGAAAGGGGAGGAGCAGCCGGACUAUGAGCUGCUGCACUCUCAGCCAUGGACCCCGAGCCCCUCCAUGACCCCCCCAAGUCACGUAUUGCCAGCCAGAGAGGGGGCGCCGUCUGCAUUCUCUGCCAGGGUUACCGGCCGAUCAGGGGCACGUCAGCUAAACGGUGAAUGACGUUUUAGAAUCCGCCGGGAGGCGCCGGCCACUUCCAGGAUGGACCCGAACCUGUUACGGUUACCGGAGGUUGUGCUAGAGAGACUGCAGGUCAAAAUGGAGGAAGACGAGCCAGAGAACGAGUGUCGAGCGACCGCAGCAAAGAGUGAACUCCACUCCUUUCCCAGUGAUGGCUAUCCAGAUGGCGAUUCAGACAGAUCAGACAUUAAUACCCUGAAAGAAGAGCCAGACUGCGAAAACCCGGCCAGCGCAGCGGAAGGAGAAAUGGCUGCGUACGCAGAGGAGGGACAAGAGGAACAGAACACGCGUGUGGAGCACGGAGCGAUGGCAGACACGCUAACGUCAGACCAGGAGAGGAUAGCCAGGGGGGCAGAAAAGAACAGUAAAUGGAGGAGGGCGAGUCGGACGAGGUGCAAAGGCCAGGGAGGGCUCAGGCACCAGUUUGGUCAUCGAGAUCGCUACCGAUGGGACUGCCCUGGUCGGGGAGAGCGUUCCAACAUGUGCAUGGACGAGGACCGGCAGCGGGGCCCCCAUUUCACCCCCGAGGAGAAGAAGACCUUAGUCGACGGAGUGCUGAGACACUACAAAGAGCUCUGCGCUCCAUCGUCUGCCAGCUCGUUGCAGAAGCAGUGCAUCUGGCAGGAGAUCGUCAACGAGGUGAACAGUAAAGGAUCCAUGUUCCGCACCGUCGAGGCGUGCAAGAAGCGCUUUGCCGACUGCAGGAGGGUGGUUAAGGCAAAGAUGGCCAGUCUGGAGAAGAAAUCCAUGGGUGAGGGAGAUCCCGACGAGGAGGUACGGUUUAACAGCUGGGAGGAUAAGCUGCGGCAGAAGAUCUUACAGCUAUCUACGCAAGGAGUCGACGGGGCGCCGGAUCACGGACCCGGCGGAACCCAGCGCUCUGCGGCCUCAGAGACCCAAUCAUCAGCGUGGCCGGCCAUCAUCGACACCACAGCGCCUGAAUUUAUAUCUGUACUGGACUCCGAAGAGACGCCGUCUCCGUCGGACCAACAGGUGCUGGGAGAAUGGUCCGAAGACGACGGAGCGUGUCUGUCCCCCCUGAUCCCGCCGGAGGAGCUGGAGGCUGCCCCCGCCGCGGUGUCCUCCCCACCACCAGCCCCCCAACAUGUCAAGAAUUCGCAGAAACCCCCGGACGGCCGCGAGGAGUACAAGCGAUUGCGGCAGCUCAGCCAGGCGCGGAACAUGGAGCUGCACAAGCUGCGCGAGAACGUCUUCCAGGGGAACGCGCUGAUGGCGCAGCAGCUGCACGGCCUUUCACGGGAAGUGCGGGAACUCAACGCCCACGUCCGGCAGAUGCACAUAAACCAGACGCAGUUCAACCUCAUGUUCCAGAACUAUCUCAGUGACACCAAGCAGUUCUACAGAGCCGUGGUCCAGGCCCUGCACAGCCUGCAUCGGAUCCCCGGCGUCAGCCCCAUGGCCUCCCCCGCCUGCUCCUCUCCGGCCUCCCCUAGGCCAGCGACGGCCUCGCCACCCCCUCCAUCACCACCCACCACCUCAUCUUCCUAGCCUCCG